AUGGUAAAAGCCCAAGCCCUGAUGGGUAUUCUUCUUGGUUUUUCAAGGAUGGUUGGGAUAUGGUGGGCUGUGAUUUCCUUGCUGCAGUCUGUUCCUAAGGCACUAAAUGUUUGCAUGGCAAAGGAUUUCAGACCCGUUUCUUGUUGUAUUGUAGUGUACAAAACCAUCACUAGAAUCAUCACUACUAGACUAUCUCACAUAUUUUCUAGUAUAAUAUCCCCUAGUCAGACUACUUUUGUAAAGGGAAGAAAUAUUGUUGAUAAUACCUUACUAGAUCAGGAGAUUGUUAAAGGCUAUUCUUGGAAAAGUCUUUCUCCUAGAUGUGCCAUUAAGAUUGAUCUACAAAAAGCUUUUGACUAUGUGAAUUGGGACUUUCUGAUGGUUGUACUAGAGGCUGUAGGUCUUCCUGUGAAUUUCUGUAGUUGGAUAAGGCCAUGUGUUACUUCAUCUCAAUUUUCUGUUUCUUUGAAUGGUAGCCUUGUGGGUUAUUUUAGGGGUGCUAGAGGAGUUAGGCAGAGGGACCCAUUGUCCCUUUACCUCUUUGUCUUGGUUAUGAAUGUUCUUUCUUCCUUGCUGGAUGUAUCUACAAAAAAGGGAAUCUUUAGAUCUAUUGGUGUUCUUUCAUGGUUCCAUGGAUGUUUUGAGUACCCUGAAGGUUUUUAUAAGUUCUCCGAUCUUAGGCUUAAUGCCCAGAAAACUAAACUUUAUGCUUGUGGUUUAUCUGAUUCUGUCCUUCAGCAAAUCCAAUCUGGUACGGGAUUUAGGGUUGGUAUGCUCCCUGUUAAAUACCUUGGGGUAUCUUUGGUGACCAGGAAGCUCACUAGCAAGGAUUGCUCUGCUUUGGUGACUAAGAUUAAAGAGAAGCUUUGUAAGUGGUCUAAUAGAAAGUUGAGUUUUGGGGACAGGCUACAACUCAUCAAAUAUGUCAUGUUCAACAUCUUCAGCUAUUGGAGUAGGCAACUCAUCCUGCCUAAAGGGGUCAUUAGUGAUGUUGAGAGACUUUGCAUGAGGUUCUUUUGGAAAGGCUGUGAUUUCCCAGCUAAAAGAGCCCGAGUUAGCUGGAACCAGAUCUGUUAUCUGAAAUCUGAGGGAGGCUUGGGGUUGAGGAGUCUGGUUGAUUGGAAAGCUUGUUGUCUGAAAAUCUUGGCGCUUGGAUGCUUGUUUCAAUUGCUUUCUCAUUGUUAG